AGUGAAAUUGAUGGAGUUCAACUUACAACCCCAAAAGGCUGACACCACCGUAUUUGAAGGAGAAGGUGGCGGUUACUAUGCUUGGACUGCAGCCAACACUCCGGUGGUUGCGGAGGCGGUGAUCGGCGCCGGUAAACUUGUUCUGAAGCCACAAGGCUUCGCUUUGCCUCACUAUGCCGACGCUAGCAAGAUUGGUUAUGUCAUCCAAGGUACUUGCACCGUAGGCCUUAUAUCGGCAGAAUCAGACAACCCUCAAGAGAAAGUCGUAAUCAUCAAUAAAGGAGACGCCAUUCCAUGUCCAAAUGGGACAAUUUCUUGGUGGUUUAACGGCGGAGAUUCCGACCUCACCAUAAUAUUCCUAGGCGAAACCACCCAAUCGUAUACUCCCGGCCAGUUCGACUACUUACUAUUGACAGGAGCCGUGGGCAUGCUCCGUGGAUUCUCCACUGAACUCAUCAGCAACGCAUUUGGUCUCAGCCACGACCACUCCAAACAGUUGGUAGAAAGCCAAUCUAACGUACUGAUCAUCAAGAUCGACGAUCACUUGCCUGAGAAAUCUAACUACAAGAAACAAGAAGAUGUCAUCGAUCUCAAUGCUAUGUUUGAACAAGGAGGAUCCUCCAGUGUUGAGAUCACAUCGCGGGAUUCUCCCCUGGUGGAUGGAAUUGGGCUUAGCCCGAAAUUGGUGAGGCUCGAACCUGAGACCGUGCUUGGCCCUUAUUAUAGCACGGCACAUCAGAUCAUCUAUGUGACGAAAGGUGGUGGUCGGGUUCAAAUUGCUGGGUUGAAUGGUGCGAGGGUGUUGGAAGAGUUCGUGGAGGAGGGCCACCUCGUUGUUGUGCCCAAGUUCUUUGUGGCUGCGCUCAUGGCUACCGAUGAAGGGCUUGAGUGCUUCUGUGUUUCCACGUCUCCGAGGCCUUUAUCAAUGGAGAUAGGCGCAGCUUAUAAAGCCUUGUCUUCAUCAGUUGUGAAGGUUGCGUUGAAUGUGUCCCCUGAUUUGGUGAAGAAUUUCAAGUCCGAAAUUUGAAACAUGCUCUGAUCAGUUGGGUUCUAGCUGUUGAACGAAUAGAAGAAUUGAUGUUGAAUUUUAAAUAAAUUUUGGGGAUAGUUUACUCACCCUUUAUGGAAAUAAAUUUGUCAUUUAAUUUAA